AUGCGGUCGCAAGUACUCCGGGCUGGACAGGCUGCCAAUGCCAGGCCCCGUCUCGUCUCCUCUCUGCGUUCCAACCAUCGCCGAGCCCUCGCAACAUCCCACGACCCUCCAUCCGCACGCAAUGUCGACAUCUCGUCACGCACGCCCCCAUACCCCAAGCUCCUCGCCCGCCUCGCAGACGUUCGCCGCGUCCUCGGAUCCACACGGCACCUUACGCUCGCAGAGAAGAUUCUCUACGCCCAUCUCGAAAACCCGGAGGAGUCGCUGCUGUCAAACACGAACAAUGGGAGAGAUAUUCGAGGCCAGGCCAAUCUCAAGCUCAAGCCGGACAGAGUGGCUAUGCAAGAUGCGAGUGCGCAGAUGGCCUUGCUGCAGUUCAUGAGCUGUGGGUUGGGAAAGACGGCGGUGCCGGCGAGUAUCCAUUGUGACCAUAUGAUUGUGGGAGAGAAAGGCGCGGAUCUCGAUUUGCCUCAGUCGAUCAAGGGCAACAAGGAGGUCUUUGAUUUCUUGGAGUCUGCGGCUAAGAAAUACGGCAUUGAGUUCUGGCCACCGGGCGCCGGUAUUAUUCAUCAAUCUGUGCUGGAAAACUACUCGGCUCCUGGUCUCAUGAUGCUCGGCACUGACAGUCACUCGCCCAAUGCUGGUGGUCUCGGAGCUAUUGUCAUUGGUGUCGGUGGUGCUGAUGCUGUCGAUGCGCUCGUAGAUGCACCUUGGGAGCUCAAAGCGCCUAAGAUUUUGGGUGUGAAGCUUACGGGCGAGCUCAGUGGAUGGGCAUCGCCCAAGGAUGUGAUUCUAAGCCUUGCCGGCCAGCUCACAGUUCGGGGAGGAACUGGCUACAUCAUCGAAUACUUCGGUCCUGGUGUACAGACACUCAGCUGCACUGGCAUGGCCACGAUAUGCAACAUGGGUGCGGAAGUCGGUGCAACGACAUCUCUCUUCCCAUUCUCUCCCGCACAUGUACCCUACCUCCAAGCGACACACCGGGGCCCAAUCGCAGAACAAGCCGGCAAGAUUGCCAAUUCUCCCAUGCAACAAAACCUCCUCCGACCAGACCCAGAAGCUGCGUACGACAAGGUCAUCGAGAUCAAUCUUUCCGAGCUCGAACCCCACAUCAACGGACCCUUCACCCCUGAUCUUUCGACGCCCCUUUCCAAGUUCAAGUCGCUCGUAGAGGAGAAGGACUGGCCCAAGACCUUUGGUGCUGGUCUCAUUGGCAGCUGCACAAACAGCUCGUACCAAGACAUGACGCGAUCGGAAGAUAUUGUUAAACAGGCCGCGGCGGCUGGUCUCAAGCCCCCGCCAACCGUCUUUAUCACGCCAGGGAGUGAGCAGAUAAGAGCGACUCUUAUUAAAGAGACGACACUCUACAGACAUUUGAGAAGGCUGGUGGUACUGUUUUGGCGAACGCUUGUGGCCCCUGUAUCGGCCAAUGGACACGAACAGACGGCGUGAAGAAGGGCGAGGCGAACGCCAUCCUGACCUCAUACAACCGCAACUUCCCUGGCCGCAACGACGGCAACCGAGCCACAAUGAACUUCCUCGCCUCCCCUGAGCUCAUCACCGCGAUGUCAUACUCCGGCGCCACGACUUUCAAUCCCAUGACUGACAGCAUAGAGACCCCAUCUGGCGAGCCAUUCAAGUUCUCGCCACCAAAGGGAUCAGAUCUACCGUCCGCCGGCUUCGCGGAAGGAAACCUGAACUUCUUGCCCACACCAGGUGUCCCCGAUCCCAGUGUCAACGUCAUCGUCGACCCACAAUCCACCCGCCUCGCCCUCCUCGACCCCUUCCCUGCAUUCCCCACCUCUGAGCUUCAAGGUCUACGAGUCCUCUAUAAAGUCAAGGGCCAAUGCACAACCGACACCAUCUCCGCCGCCGGCCCCUGGCUCAAGUACAAAGGCCACCUGCCAAACAUCUCCGAGAACACCCUGAUCGGCGCCGUCAACGCCGCAACCGACGAAGUCAACGUAGCCUACGACGUCGACGGCUCCACAUGCGGCAUCCCCGAACUCGCCAAGCGCUGGAGAGAUCAAGGCAUCGAAUGGCUCGUCGUCGCCGAGCACAACUACGGCGAAGGCUCAGCCCGCGAACACGCCGCCCUGCAACCCCGCUACCUCGGCGGGCGCAUAAUCAUCUCCAAAUCUUUCGCACGUAUCCAUGAAACGAAUCUCAAGAAGCAGGGUAUCGUGCCUCUCACAUUUGCCAACGAGGCCGACUACGAUCUCUUUGAGGCUUGCGACGACGUUAGCACACGCGGCUUGUUGGAUGUUCUGAAGAGCGGUGGAAAGGGACAGGUUGAGCUGGUCAUCAAGAAAAGGGAUGGAAGUGAGAAGGUAGUGAAGACGAAGCACACGCUGAGUCACGAUCAGUGCGGAUUUGUGUUGGCGGGUAGUGCGCUGAAUCUACUUGCGAUGAAGGGGAGGGAGGGAAAGGAGGAGGUUACCAGGGGAAGUGAGUUGAGUGAUUAGAUACAAGAUGAGAUGAGGGACAGGAAAAAUGGCGCUCGGGCGUUGGGCUUGGGUGGUAUGUAUAUAUGAUUAAAAAGUUUCAAAGCAAAUAUGUCCGAUUGGGUUGGC